CCCCUAUAUAUACUCCUCAACCAACCAACCCUCUAUCAUACUCACACACACACUCUUCACCAUCCCAACAAAACCCCUCUCCUCUUCUUAAUUUCUGACACUUUGUUUAACCAUGACAACCCACAACCACAUUGACAACUUCUGGGUCUUUGCCUUGGUCUCCAAGUGCACACAAGAAAACAUUGCAUGGUCGCUUUUGGUCAUGGCCUCACUCUUGCUUGCCAUGACUUUCUUUUACUGGUCACACCCUGGUGGUCCUGCUUGGGGCAAGUACUACUCCUAUUACCACUACUGGAUCACAAAAACACCCACCUCACCUCCUAAUUCUUCUCCAACAACAACAAAACAACAACCAAUCCCUGGUCCCAAAGGCUUCCCUUUAAUUGGAAGCAUGAACCUCAUGUCCAACUUAGCUCACCACCGUAUUUUAGCCGCUGCAAAAUCAUUUAACGCCACCAGGCUCAUGGCCUUCAGCCUCGGCGACACGCGAACCAUUGUCUCCUGCCACCCGGACGUGGCCAAAGAGAUUCUCCAGAGCUCGGUCUUCGCUGAUCGCCCAAUCAAGGAAUCCGCCUACAGCCUCAUGUUCAACCGCGCCAUCGGUUUCGCCCCUUACGGUGUCUACUGGCGAACCUUGAGAAAAAUCGCUAACAACCACCUCUUCUGCCCUAUGCAAAUCAAAUCCUCCGCGCCGCAGCGCGGAGAAAUCGCCAACCAGAUGGUCAGCCUCUUCCGAAACAACCUCGGCUCUCCGCUGACCAUCCGGCAGGUUCUCAAGAAAGGCUCCCUCUACAACAUGAUGUGGUCGGUGUUCGGACAGAAGUACAAGCUGGCCGAGGAGGAGACGAGCAACAACCGAAUGGUGGAGGAGCUGAGUGGGUUGGUUGAGAAAGGGUACGACCUAUUAGGUACCCUUAAUUGGGGCGACCACUUGCCUUUCCUUAAGGACUUUGAUGCUCAGAAAAUCCGGUUCACUUGCUCAGAGUUGGUUCCUAAGGUGAACCGGUUCGUCGGUUCAAUCAUCGCCGACCACCGAGCCGACAAGAACCAGACCAACCUGGAUUUCGUUCAUGUCUUGCUCUCUCUUCAAGGUCCUGAUAAAUUGUCUGAACCCGACAUGAUUGCUGUUCUUUGGGAAAUGAUAUUUAGAGGGACCGACACGGUGGCGGUGUUGGUGGAGUGGAUACUAGCGAGGAUGGUGCUGCAUCCUGAUGUGCAGAGGAAGGUGCAAGAGGAGCUGGAUGAGGUAGCUGAUGGAGGGAAAAGGGCGGUGAAGGAGGAGGAUGUGGCGGCGGCGGUGUAUUUUCAGGCGGUGGUGAAGGAGGUUUUGAGGCUACACCCACCUGGCCCACUUCUCUCGUGGGCCAGGUUGGCCAUCACUGAUACGACCAUUGAUGGGUACCACGUGCCAGAGGGGACCACAGCGAUGGUUAAUAUGUGGGCCAUAGCGAGGGACCCGGAGGUGUGGAGGGACCCACUGGAAUUUAUGCCUGAGAGGUUCAUGGGAGAAGAGAAUGAGUUUUCAAUAUUCGGGUCAGAUCUGAGGCUGGCUCCAUUCGGGGCGGGUAGGAGGAGCUGCCCCGGGAAGAAUCUGGGUUUGACCACCGUGACUUUCUGGGUGGCGAAGCUCUUGCAUGAAUUUGAAUGGCUGCCAUUAGAUGAUGGCGGCGUUGAUCUGACGGAGCUGCUCAGGCUGUCUUGUGAAAUGGCUAACCCUCUCACUGUUCAAGUGCGUCCUAGGCGUGAGUUGAGUUGUUGAAAGAAUGAAAGAAAUGAGAGACUUUUUAAUUUCAAGGGAAGAAAGAAUGAAAAUUUGGAAGGGAAGAAAAAUUAGGAGUUUUAGUAUGUGGCAGGGGUUUGUGGGUAGAAUGAUAUGGGCCCAUGGGCCCCAUGGGCAUGAAUGAAUGAAGGUUGAAAGAAAGAAAAAUCAGGUUUGGGGCACUCUCUAGAUUAUAAUGGUCAUCAGGUUUCCUCUUUUUUCUUGGUUUAGUUUGACAGUCAAGUCUCAAGUCUCUAGUUGUCUUAUUAUCUAUUAAGAAAAAAACUAAAAAAUUCUGUUGCUAUUGUAUAUAUUGCUCAAAUUAAUACAAGCUUUUAAGUUUAUCUCUAGUUA